AUGAAGGGCACGUACGACACCGACGUCGUCAUGGACGACGGCACCGUGAUCCGGACCACCGUCACGUCCUCCGGCGACGCCGUCGAGGCCUUCCUCCGAGAGGUCGGCAUCGAAACCGAGUGGCGCGUCGUCGUCCCGGAGGACGGCCACGGCCGCCGCCGGAACCGCAUGGCCGUCCUGCAGCUCUGCGUAGGCCGCCGCGGCCUCGUCUUCCAGAUCUUCCACGCCGACCGCGUCCCGGGCUCCCUCAAGGACUUCCUCGCCUGCCCCGACCACCGGUUCCUCGGCGUGGCGAUCGACGGAGACGUCAGGCGGCUUGCCGAGGACUGCGGCCUCGUGGUCGCCAACGCGGUGGAGCUGAGGCAAGUCGCGGCGGAGGCGCUCGGCCGGCCCAAGCUCCGCGACGCUGGGCUCAAGGCCCUGACGCGCGAGGUGACGGGCGCCCACAUCGACAAGCCGAAGCGGCUGACGAUGAGCAAGUGGGACGAGCUCCGCCUGACGGUGGAGCAGGUCCGGUACGCCUGCAUCGACGCGUUCGUGUGCUACGAGAUCGGCCGGCUGCUGCUCACCGGCGAGUGCGCAGAAGGUGCCGCGGCGAUCUCGCCAUCACCGCUUGUUGCCUCCGCGGUUCCGGUGGCCUGA